AAUAAAACCUGGUGAAAAUAAAUGUGAAUGUAAUUUUUAAAGAAAAAACCGUAGCAUUUUAGAUUUCCACUGUUGUGGAUUUUUCUUGUAGUAGGUGGAAGGAUGGCAUGGAAGUGGAGGUACUCCCCCAAGGAAGAGCUGGAGGAUAUGAGCAGCCUGCACCCAGGGCUCACGGGGCUGCAGAACCUGGAGAACACGUGCUACAUGAACGCGGUGCUGCAGUGCCUGUGCAGCCUGACCCCGCUCGCGCAGUAUUUCCUCUCGGGGAAGUGGAACACAGCCCUGCACGAGGAGGUUGGAGAGUCUGCGACUGCCUUUGGCUGUCUGGUGUCUGACAUGUGGCUUGGAGAGUUUGACUAUGUUUCUCCUGAGGCUUUUCAUUCUGUCUUUGGGAAGCGGUACCCAGCUUUUAGCAGGAGGACUCAGCAUGAUGCACAAGAAUUCCUCAUCUGUGUUCUGGAUGACCUCCACGAGGCUUUCAAGCAGCCAAGCCAAGAAAGACAGAGCCCUACUGCGGGAGCAAGCACAAGGAGUAGCAGUGGCACAUCUAUUAUAACACAGUUAUUUGAGGGACAGCUCAGUUAUGCUAUCAGGUGUCUGACAUGCAAAGCCCUCACUGACAGACCCGAGAGCUUCACCGUCCUCUCCCUGCCCAUCCCUUCCACCAGAGUGUGCUCUCUGCAGGACUGCCUGGAAUGCUUUUUUCAGCCAGACACACUGACUCGGAACAACCAAAUCCACUGCUACUGGUGUGGAAGCAACCAAGAUGCAACAGUAAAGGCCUCCAUAACCAAGGCACCACAGAUCAUCAUUUUUCAUCUAAAGAGGUUUGCCUGGCAGGACAAGAACAGAAGGAAACUCUCAACCACCGUCUGCUAUCCGUUCAGUGAUCUGGAUCUCUCUCCCUACAUCUCCACAUCGUGUCACAACAAUACAGAGUACAGCUUGUGUGCUGUAGUGAACCAUGCUGGAGAUCUGGAUUAUGGCCACUACACGGCCUUCUGCAAGCACUCAGUCACCAAACACUGGUACAGCUUUGAUGAUGCCCAGGUCACCAAGAUCCCAGACUCUGCAGUGCAGGCUGACACAGCCUACCUCCUCUUCUACAUCUCCCAAGGCUACUGACACCCUGUUAGUCUUGGAAAUGAACACUGAGUAGGGCAGCACCUAGAAUUCACCAGCAGCAUUAACCAACUCAUGUUUCAUCAAUAAACUAGAGCAUGUGCACCACUGAUCAGCUGUUGUGGUCUUUCAGGAAGUGAUUCCUAGAAAGGACAGUUACAGCCCCUAAGCCAUGAAGGAAUGUGCAUCUGCUCCAUGUGCACAAGGGCCGCAGUUGUUUUCCAUGACAACCUUCUUGCACCCCUCAAAACAACAUGGAUGUUGAGCACACAGAUGCACUUACCUGGAAAUUCUUGUUUUUCUGCUGGUUAAGUAUAGCAGGUUGUUCUAAGCUGCCUUUCAGGAACUAACAGAAGGAUAUCAAAGUGAAAGCACACAACCAGACCAGACUGUGCUACAGAAGAGAGGAUGGAGUGACCAUUGAUACAGAAGAAAGAAAAAGGCAUUGCUCUACUGAUGUAAUUUUUGUUUCUCGAGCACUUCAAACUUGUUUGCAGCUUGCAAGUUUCUGGAAAACAAUCAAUAUUGGUCUUAAUUCCAUCAGCAAGACAGACACACACAGGUAAAAGCUCAGAAUGUAAGACUUUUCAAUGGCAACCUUAUCAGAAAACUAACCCUAAUUCAGAGCAGAGAAAUAUGUAAGAUGCAACUAAAAGAAGUUUUUAAACUAAUCAGCUCUAUGCAAAACAAUAUUUUUAUCUGGACACCCUUUAAACUGUGUAUGAGUCAGACUGUUAUUAUGUACAAUUUUGAUCAUUACAUAACAAGCUGAGAAUGAAAAACCAAACCCAAACAUACAUUUAACAGGAUAUAUUUUUAAAUAAUUUCUUCAUUAAGGUUUUUAAAUGCAUGUGUACAUGAAAAUUUAGAUUAAAAAAUUAAAAAGGAAAAUCUUGUUUAGAAUAACUCUGAAGUGCACAAAUAUUGACAAAAGCUAGCAGAAAAAAUAAUACAGCUCUGCUUUUUUAUUAAGUAGUGUUGCAAUUACUUAGAGCUGGCAAAUAAAUGCAAUCCUCUGAGUUUUAGAGUCUCACAAAAAGGACAACAUUUUAUUAUAUACAUAAUUCUGAUGUGCAAGUAUGCAAUCAAUAUGUACACUUACAUUCCUAACUGUUUACAUCGUUCUAGAGUAUUCACAGUAGAGUCAAGCUUAA